AUGGCUCAGCCUCAGCAAUCUCAGCAGCAGACGUGGACGGAUGCCGAGUGGGCCGAGUGGCGACGAAGCCAACAGAACAAUGGGCAAGGGAGCAGCAAUGACCACCAGACAAACAAUGGAGCUCCCGGCAAGCAGGGCGACGGAAAGCGCGACGGAGCAGACGAGACGAAGGCCACUGGAAAAGACCUCCUACCCCUGCCGGACUCAUGGAAGCUCAAGCUUAAGCACGACCGCAACGAACAACACGCCAGAAACGACUUCAGCACUGUGAUGCGCCUCUGCAACAGACAGUUGCAACGAAUGCACCACCAAUGGCAGACGGAGCUGCAAGAGCACAAGCAGCAGGACGGCGUCAUCAACAAGAUCUCCAUCAUGACGCAGGCUCAGAACCAACGAGAAAUCGACCGCCUCAAGGAAAUUGAGUUGGAGUUCACCAUUCAGAAGACGAAUCACGAGCACGCGAUGGCGGCUGAAAAGAAGAAACACCAGGAGAUGCUGUACACCGCGCUGGCAGAGGAAAAGAAGAAGGCCCAGGAGACGACGGACCAAUUGGAGGACACGUAUGAGGCCAAUUUCGAGAAAGCCGCGAAGAAGUCCAAGGAAAUGGAGGCCAUGUAUGAGGCCAAACUCGAGGAGGCCGCGAAGAAGUCCAAGGAAAUGGAGGCCAUGUAUGAGGCCAAACUCAAGGAGGCCGAGACGAAGACCCUCACAAUGGAGGCCAUGGGUGAGGCCAAACUCGAGGCACUCAAGGCCGAGUGCCACUCGAAGAUGCGUAAGACCAAGCAAGACUACAAGCAGAAGAUCUCUCACAAGCUGCGGGAGAGAAACACAACGUACAGCAAGAAGAUGGAGAAUAUGAGCGCUGCACACAACAGCUACAAGGGCAAGGUUAUGAAAUCAGUCGAGCUUUGGAGAAGAGCUUUGAGCACGAGGGAUGACAAGAUCCUCCAGCUCCAGCUGCAACUCAACUUACGGAAGGAACGUGCCGACUCGGAAGCGAAGGACGCAAAGCACGAAGACCAGGCCAAGGUGUGGGACCUCACCCUGCGCUUCUACGAAUUUCCUGCAGGGACCUGCGCACGCAAGAUUGUGCCAACUCAAGCGCACAGCGUUCCCGAGUAG